AUGAACAUGUCCUCAAAUUCAAUAGAGCAAUUUGAUAUUGGUGGUUUUCCUAAUGAGUAUAGCCCUUCAAUGGAUUUUGGCAGUGUGGCUGGAGAGAACAUAAUUGCAACACAAACUCAUGUGCAUGGAGCAGAAGAUUGGUGGGAAUCAGGGGAGAUCAAUUCAUUUUGGUCCGAACUUGGGUUCUCUCAAGACAACAAAACCGAGGAAGAACUUUUGCUGUCUGAAUAUCAACGAGAACACCAGGUACAAUUGUUGUCUAAUUUUGGUAGUUUGGAUGAUUUAUAUGUAGAUAUUGUCUCUCCACCAUUCCAAUCGUGUGAUGAAGAAAUUUCUGAGCUUCUCAGUAUCCCAUCUCAAAAUUCGGAGGUUCUUGAACCUGAGCAAGAAAAGUCGAUCAUAUAUUCUUCACCAUCAUUUAAGGUUCUUAAUAGCUACGGAAGCGGGUUUAGCCGGUUGAAUGCAGAAAAGAUAAAGGUGCCAAAUUACAAGAUAACGUGCACUGACGUGAGUAGCCGAAAAUUAUCAACUAAUUCAAUUAUAAAGUUAGCUGCAGAAAAGUUCAUCCAAUCUUGUUCCCAAACAAUUGAUGAACUCUCUAUGCUUAGCCAUCCAUAUGCCAGUUCAGUUCUAGGUCUUUCUGAUGGGGAGGUUAAAGAUGUGGAACUCGUCCACUGUCUUCUAGCUUCAACUGAGAAAGUAAGCCAACAACAAUUUGAUCGUGCAAGUAAGCUUCUUGACCAGCAUUAUGACUCAUUUUCCAAUAGGGAAAAUCCUAUCCAGAGAAUAGUACACUGUUUUUCUGAAGCUCUUCGAGAGAAGAUUGAUCGAGAAACAGUAGGAGUCACAUCAAAGGGUUUGGGAAAGAAACAAAAAAGCGAUGUUGUAGAGAUAAUUAAGAGCCCAGACACCACUGUUAUUUCAUUUUAUCAAAAUGUGCCCUUCAUCCAGAUUUGCCAAUUCAGUGGAAUACAAGCAAUAAUAGACAAUGUAGGAGGGGCUAAAAAGGUCCACAUCAUUGACCUUGAGAUGAGGGGUGGAUCGCAAUGUACGAUUUUGAUGCAAGCUCUUGCUGCUCGAGAUGAAUGUCCCCUUGAGCGUCUCAAGAUAACUGCUAUUGGAACUGGAUCAAAACUAAAAAUUGAGCAAACAGGUAAGCAAUUGAUGAGUUUUGCUCGGUCCCUGAACUUACCAUUCUCUUUUAAUAUAGUCAUGGUAGCAGACAUGCUGAAUCUUAACGAGGGCCUCUUUGAGCUAGAUGCUGAGGAAGCAGUUGCUGUUUACUCCCCGUAUGUAUUAAAUACCAUGAUUCAACGGCCAGAUCGGAUGGAGUGUUUAAUGAGAGUGAUGAGAAACAUUAAUCCUUGUGUAAUGGUUGUCAUUGAAAUUGAGGCAAACCAUAAUUCACCAGUUUUUGUUACCCGUUUCAUCGAAGCUCUUUUCUUCUAUGGUGCACUUUUUGAUUCUUUAGAAGUUUGUAUGUUUCAUGAUGAGCAAAACAGAAUGAUGUUACAAUCAGCAUAUUUUGGUCAGGUCAUACGUAACAUUGUGGCAACUGAGAGUGAGGAGAGGACAAUUCAACACGUGAAUAUUAAUGUUUGGAAGGCAUUUUUUGCCAGGUUUGGAAUGGUGGAGGUAGAUCUGAGCCUGUCAUCCUUGUAUCAAGCAGAUCUGUUACUUAGGAAUGUUGCUUGUGGCAGUUCUUGCACACUUAACAUUGAUGGGAAAAGCCUAAUGAUUGGGUGGAAGGGAACACCAUUGUAUUCUCUUUCUACACAUGGUUAUGAAAUAAACCUUCUGAUUUCUUCAGAAGCCACUGCCAUCCUUUUAUCUUCAGAGAUCCGAGAUGGGUCUAUUGAACUCUCAUCCUUCAAACAAUGGCUGGGUGGUUUUGUUCUUGAGGUGAUGAGCAAAAUGUUUGCGAUACAGCAAUUUGAAUGUGGUGUUCUUGAGAAGUACAACUCUUCAGAGGAUUUUGGCAGUGUGUCGCGUGAUGAAGAAAUUUCAAAGCUAGAAAGCAGCCAAUCUCAAAAUUUGGAGGAUCUCGAAACUAAGAGAGAAAAUUCAAUCGUACUUCCAUCACAGUCAGUGAAGAUACUUAGACUGUUGAAUGGAGAAAAGAUGAAGGUGCCAAAUUACGGUACAGCAUACACGAAUGUGAUUGGCUGCAAAUUAUCAACUGAUGCAAUUUUACGUUAUAAGCCUUCUGAUGAGGAGGUUAAAGACGUGGGACUAGUCCAGAAUCUUCUAGCUUCAGCCGAGAAAGUAGGCCAGCAACAGUUUGAUCAUGCAAGCAAGCGCCUCAACAGGAAACAAUCAUUAAAUCAUAAAGAGGCAGUGAUGAGCCCAGACACCAGUCUCAUUUCGUUUUACCAAAAGGUACCCUUCAUUCAGGUCAGUCAAGUCAGUGGAGUGCAAACGAUAAUUGAGAAUGUGGGAGAGGCGAAAAAGGUCCAUAUAAUUGACCUUGAGAUUAGGGGUGGGAUACAAUGUACAAUUUUGAUGCAAGCUCUUGUAGCUCAAAGUGACUUUCCCCUUGAGCAUCUCAAGAUAACUGCUAUUGGAACCAUAUCAAAACCAAAAAUUAAGGAGACUGGUAAGCGAUUGAUGAGUUUUGCCCAGUCCAUGAACUUACCAUUCUCUUUUAAUGUAGUCAUGGUAGCAGACAUGCUAGAUCUCAAUGAAGACCUCUUUAAUUUGGAUGCUGAGGAAGUAGUUGCUGUCUACUCACCAUAUGUACUAAAUGGCAUGAUUCAAAAGCCAGAUAGGUUGGAGUGUUCGAUGAAAGUGAUGAGAAACAUUAAUCCUCGUGUGAUGGUUGUCAUUGAAGUUGAGGCAAACAUUAAUUCACCACACUCUUUGUUCACCGUUUCCUGGAAGCUCUUUUAUUCUAUGGAGCAUUUUUCGAUUCUCUGGGAGAUGAUUUGGUAUGGUGAAGAUAGAUCUGAGCACGUCAUCCCUGUAUCAAGCAAAUUUGUUGCUUAA